AUGUCCAAAACAGUUCUGAUCACCGGCGCCACUGGUAAACAAGGUGGUAGCGUGGUCAGUGCAAUUCUCGAACAAAAUGCAGAUGUGGAGAUUCUAGCCGUCACUCGCGACUCAAACUCCACUGGAGCGCAAAAACUCAAGAGCAAAUCGCCCAAAAUUCAACUGGUCGAAGGCAACCUCGACGACCCCGAAGGACUCUUCAAGAAUGCCCAGGAAAUCACGUCACAGCCCAUCUGGGGUGUUUAUAGUGUGCAGGUCCCGGUCCCGGGCUCGUCGGACCAGGAAGCCGAAGAACGGCAAGGCAAAGGGCUUAUCGAUGCGUCGCUAAAGCACAACGUCAACUUCUUCGUUUAUUCUUCUGUGGAUCGAGGUGGUGACGCUUCGUAUGAUACUGCUACUGAAAUUCCUCAUUUCAUUAGCAAGCACCAUAUCGAACAUCAUCUGGUGGAGCAAACAAAGGGUACGGAGAUGAAGUGGACGAUCUUGCGUCCCGCCGCUUUCCUCGAUAACAUCACUCCCGAUUUCUAUGGUAAGGUCUUCACUACGUCAUGGAAAGACGUGGUCAAGGAAAAGCCUUUACAGGUUAUUGCCGUCUCCGAUAUUGGUUAUUUUGCAGCUCAGGCUUUCCUUAACCCGGAGGAAUGGGCGAACAAGCCGCUUUCUUUGGCUGGUGACGAGAUCACAUUCGAGGAGAUGGCUACAACCUUCAAAGACAGGACUGGUCGGGACGUGCCUUUGACUUUUAGCUUUGUUCUUUCCAGUGUGUUGUGGGUGUUGAAGGAUUUCAGGUACAUGUUCCAGUGGUUCCAUGAUUCGGGCUUUGGAGCCGACAUCUCCACUUUGAAGAAGAUGCAUCCCGAGUUAAAGGACUUUGAGACAUGGCUGGUGACUGAGAGUGGACUCGUGUCCGAUUGA